AUGGCACGCAAGAGAAAGAAGAAGCUGCAACAUGGCAGCCAGUUCAGGCCUGGUAACAGACAAUGGAACAAAGGCCUCGCCAUCUUGCAAGCAGAGACGAUUUCUUCAUAUUGUCGGCCAACUGAAGAUCAGGAGAGUCUAUAUGUCAACAAAGACAGGCAAGGAAACAUCCUACAGAAUGACAUCGAAACUCUGAACGCGGUGGGGAGUAGAAUGGUCCUCCGUCCAGCAAAGCUUCCAGGUCACAGCGAGAUCACAAGGCUUGUGGGGGAGAAAGAAGACAGGGACGACGUGGAAGGGUAUCGCAUCUGGCAUGCCAAGAUAGCUGUCCACGCCUGUGUUAGUGCACAGAGAGAGCGUGACAAGCGCCGACCAGACUGCAACGGUCUGGUCCGACUUUCGUCCCGACGAGAGAGGAAGAAAGGCUUGGCCACUUCAGAGACACUGGUGUGUGACACCUGCCAGUACGAAUCACCCAGCAGAAAGUUCUAUGGUGAGGUUGCAAGACAGGGUGCCAAGAUGGCUGUGCCUAACCUGGCAAUGCAAGUUGCAAUGUUCAACAGCCCCAUAGGACCGACGGUACUCAGAGAAAUAGCAGCUACCCUGCAAUUAGCAGUGCCGAGCGACACAAGCUACCAAACCCCACUCCGCAACGCAAGGGGAAAGGAACCAGGCCAGCCGAUCCCCAAAAGUGUGACCAAUGUGGUUGAGAACGUAACGCCAUGGAAGGCUGUCAUUGGAUCCCUUGUCAGGAACAAGAUUUGUCCAACCUGCAACAUGAGUAAGGCUUCAGGGACGUCACCCCCACCCCACAAAUGCUCAGCCAACAUCCCAGAGGAGGCCGUCAUAGGGGAUGAGAAACAGGCUGCCAAGGAAAUUGCAAGAAAGUUCCUUACUGGUCCCAAUAAAACACCUGUCGGUGACACUGCAGAAGAUUGGGAUAGCAGCUUCUCCACUGGCAUGAAGGAGGUGAUGGAGGAAGCAGAACACGAAGUCAAGGCCUUCAAAGACAUUGUCCACCUGUCUAAAAGUAUCAAAAGGAAGGUGACCACAGGCUCCUGGUCCAAGCAGAUGUUCCCGGGACAGAACCAGGAUGAAAAAGACAGGGUCAGGAACCGCUUCGGUGAUGACCGGAGCAAGCGACUGAACGCAGAACACAAAGCAGGGCUGAAGAAGUUCCGGAAGAAGAGAACGAUGGAGAAUAAGAUGAAGCGGGUAAUGGAAGUCAUCCCAUACUGCUACGAGGGAGACCACACUAGAUGCUACGAGCGUUCUCUUGUCUGCAAGCACCCUAAGAGAUGGAAGUUUAUGGACUUACCUGAGCAGGCGAGGGGAAAGAUCCGACCAAACAGUGCCGACCUCACGGAGUUACGUCGGAUAAUGGAGCACAGGCUAGGUGUCGUUCGUCCGCCAGGCUAG